UUUCUUUUGUUGUGUUUUGUGGCAUGGUGUUGCGAUAUAUCGCGAGAGUUCAAGAAAUAUAUGUUGAAAGUUUAACUUUUUAAACUAAAAAAUACAUUUUUGAAUCGUAAAAUCCUCUAAAAGAAACAAUAUGCCACAAAACGAGUACAUCGAACUGCACCGAAAGAGACAUGGCCGUAGGCUGGAUUAUGAAGAAAGAAAGCGUAAGAAGGAAAGCAGAAAAGCCCAAGAAGACUCCAGGAAGGCCAAAAAACUUAGAGGAAUAAAGGCAAAACUAUAUAACAAGAAGAGACAUUUAGAAAAAAUACAGAUGAAAAAAACUAUAAAAAUGCACGAGGAGAGGGACACGAAACAAAAGGCACCCCAAGAUGUUCCAGACGGUGCCCAAACUUACUUCUUACUCGACAGAGAGAUGCAGAAUAGAGCGAAGGUUCUUUCCAACACCAUCAAGGAAAAGAGAAAAGAAAAGGCUGGUAAAUGGGAAGUCCCACUGCCUAGAGUUAGUGCAGUUAGUGAAGCUGACAUGUUUAGAGUCGUCAAAACCGGAAAAACCAGAAGAAAGGCCUGGAAGCGCCUUAUAACAAAAGUUUGUUUUGUCGGGGAAGGAUUUACCAGAAAACCACCAAAGUUUGAAAGAUUCAUCAGACCGACGGGCUUGAGACAGACAAAGGCUCAUGUGACCCACCCUGAAUUGAAGGCCACCUUCUGCCUGCCCAUCAUCGGUGUCAAGAAGAACCCGACAGCACCUCUCUACACACAACUCGGUGUUAUCACGAAAGGAACCAUUCUCGAGGUUAACGUCAGUGAUCUUGGAUUGAUAACAACUGGAGGAAAAGUUGUUUGGGGCAAGUACGCUCAGGUGACGAACAAUCCUGAGAAUGAUGGCUGCAUCAACGCAGUUCUCCUCGUUUGAUGUCCCAACAGAUUCCCAUCAUGUCUUUUCUGUAAAAUUGUAAUCGUUCACUCAGAAACUGAUUUUUUUUGUCGAUUUGAAGAAAAAAAUUAAAAUAAAUUUGUUUGUUG